AUGGGGGACGGGGAUGUCAACUCCAACCUGCUCAUCGCCCGCAGCACCGGGGACGCGCAGCUGGACAGGGCGGUCGGGCAAUGGCUCAGCUGGGACAAGAACCCUAAAACAAAGGAGCAGAUUGAAAACCUGGUACGGAAUGGGAUGAACAAGGAGCUGCGGGAUCGCCUCUGUUGCAGGCUGACCUUUGGGACUGCUGGACUUCGUUCUGCCAUGGGGGCAGGCUUUUGCUACAUUAAUGACCUUACAGUGAUCCAGUCAACACAGGGAAUGUACAAAUACCUUGAGAGGUGUUUUUCAGACUUCAGGCAGAGAGGCUUCGUUGUUGGAUAUGACACGCGAGGUCAGGUGACCAGCAGCUGCAGCAGUAAAAGACUUGCAAAGCUUACUGCAGCAGUCCUGCUUGCGAAAGGUGUACCUGUGUACUUGUUUUCAAAAUACGUUCCUACGCCCUUUGUGCCCUAUGCUGUUCGGCAGCUCAAAGCUGCAGCUGGUGUGAUGAUCACAGCAUCCCAUAACCGUAAGGAGGACAAUGGAUACAAGGUUUAUUGGGAAAAUGGGGCUCAGAUCACAUCUCCUCAUGACAAAGAGAUCCUGAAAUGUAUAGAAGAAUGUGUUGAACCAUGGAAUGGUUCCUGGAAUGAGAAUCUAGUAGACACCAGUCCUCUUACACGAGAUCCUCUGGAGGAAAUUUCUAAAAUCUAUAUGGAAGACCUGAAAAAGAUCUGCUAUCACAGGGAACUGAACACAAAGACCAACUUGAAGUUCAUUCAUACAUCUUUCCAUGGCGUUGGUCAUGACUAUGUGCAGUUGGCUUUUAAAGCAUUUGGCUUUAAGCCUCCCAUUCCAGUACCUGAACAAAAGGAUCCAGAUCCAGAUUUUUCUACCGUUAAAUGCCCAAAUCCUGAAGAAGGAGAAUGUGUGCUGGAGUUGUCUCUGAGGCUUGCAGAGAAAGAAAGCGCUAGGGUGGUGGUGGCCACUGAUCCUGAUGCAGACAGAUUGGCGGUGGCAGAACUACAAGAGAAUGGUCGUUGGAAAGUGUUCACCGGCAACGAGCUGGCAGCUUUGUUUGGGUGGUGGAUGUUCAGGAGCUGGAAGGCGAACGGUUCCAAAGAAGCUGAUGUGAAGAACGUUUACAUGUUAGCAACCACAGUCUCCUCUAAAAUUCUGAAGGCGAUUGCACUUAAAGAAGGAUUUCACUUUGAAGAAACACUGCCUGGUUUUAAAUGGAUUGGAAGUAGAGUAAAAGAUCUCCUAGACAAUGGGAAAGAAGUUCUUUUUGCGUUUGAAGAGUCUAUUGGUUUCAUGUGUGGCACAUCAGUGUUGGAUAAGGAUGGCGUGAGUGCAGCUGUGGUUAUAGCUGAAAUGGCAUCUUACCUGGAAACCAAGAACUUAACAUUGGCACAGCAACUAACUGAAAUAUAUGAAAUGUAUGGAUAUCACAUUUCAAAGACCUCCUAUUUCUUGUGCUAUGAACCUCCUACUAUCAAAAGAGUAUUCGAAAAGCUUCGGAAUUUUGAUUCUCCAAAAUCUUAUCCAAAGUCUUGUGGCGCUUAUGGUAUAUUACACGUACGGGAUGUUACCACUGGCUAUGAUAACAGCCAGCUUAAUAAGAAAUCGGUGUUGCCUGCGAGUAAAAACAGUCAAAUGAUCACCUUCACCUUUCAAAAUGGGUGUGUUGCCACCCUCCGGACAAGUGGAACUGAGCCAAAGAUCAAGUACUAUGCAGAGAUGUGUGCGCGGCGUGAGCAGAGUGACAAAACCUUUCUGGAAGAACAACUACAGAAAGUCAUUGAAGCUUUGAUUGAGAAUUUUUUGGAGCCCAGUAAGAAUGGACUGAUCGGGCGUUCCGUGUAG